AUUAAUCUAAGUUAUAAGGCUUCUACGCUUUGAAAAUUUAAAACUCACGCUUUUACACUUCUUGAUUACCAAAAUGCUUCUACGUAGAAUCGCACUUUUAACUCACAAGCGUAGCCAAAAUCGCUUUUAAAACAUUAAACUUAUGAUUUUACGCUUUUAGGUCGUCCAAACGCUUCUAUGUAGAAUCGCUUUUGACUGCAUUAAACGAAUCUAUAUUGCGAUUCAUGUCAAACCAGUUGUAUAACGGAACAUAUCUCGUUCGUUGUAACUGGACUACCAGUUGUAUCACUGGCUGGAAAAUACCACUUGUCAAACCAGCAUAACGACGCUUAUGUGUUGUACACGUAUGCGAUACGUUAAAUUCCACGUAUGAAAAUAAUAUUUAAAAUUUAAAUGAAUUAUUUAAUAAUUAAGAGGACGAUAAACCAUCACUCUUACAUUAUGUUAAGAAAUAAUAAUAGUUUAUUAGUUAAUCACCUAUAAUAGGUGACCAAAAAGAAAAGGUUAAUUAAUCCAUUGUCAAACUUACUAAUAAUUUACGUAACAAAAGAAAGAAGCAAAAGCCAAACUUAGAAAAGCUAAAAACAAUUAAGCAAUGCAAUUGGAAAACUUUCUCUCCAAAUAGGAGGGUUGGGUUCUAUAGGAGAUUAAACCUCCUAUUCUCUCUUCCAUUGCACUUUUCCUUCCUUAAAAAACAAAGGAAAGUUUAUGGAAAACCUUGUUUUCCACCCCACUUUUCCCUCCCCUCCCCCCUUUUUCUCUCCUUCUAGAACACAGUGUUAGUUACCAAAGAUGUGUGUCCACAUGCUAUUGGGCAGUACACGAAAGCCAGCGGUAGAUAGCGGUAGAUCGAGGAGUUCUUGUCCUUGGAAAGCACCCCAUGAGCCAAUAAGGAAUGCCAGUUGCAAUACCUCCAGCUAAUAACCAAAGGAAAGUGAGAUACAUUAAUGCAUGAUGAUGUUGAUGGAACACUUUCAAUGUUACUACGUGCAAAAAUGAGCCAUAUAUACAAUUCUCCACCUCAUUUGUUAGCUUUCGGUUACUCGAAAACACACUGUAUAGUUCACGAUUGAGAUCAUAGUUCAUAGUCAUAUUUACAACCCACUUCAUCGAUUUGAUCCGUGUGAUAUGCAUCGGUCGAAUACUUAAAUGAGUACACCAACCCAAAGAACGUAACCAACCAUCCCGGACGAAAAGUUGAUAUCGAACCAAACAAGAAACGAAACUAGUAACAGCGGCGGAUCUAUGGGGGGCCGCCCCCGGGCCACGACCCAAUCCUCCCCGGAUUCAAAACUCGUAUAGUACUUGUAAAUUUUUUAUUUUGGUAUAUAUUUCAGUGUUUAUUGAGUUACGGUCUAGCUUUCUCCAUCACUUUUUAAAUGCGGCCGAGUGAUCUAACAUGUUCUGUAUUCGCCGCUGAAGUAGUUCCUCAAAGAGAAGAAAACCAAAACAAACCAAAAAUGGAUCUUCUUCAUGAUGCGACCAACAAGCCAAGUGUUCAUCAUCUCCAAACUCCAUUGAUCGGUACUAUUGCCACAGAUGGCGGUAGGGCGAAGUUCAGCAAGAGCGAGGUCGUGGAAGAAGUGAAGCAGCAGCUACGCCUCGCCGGCCCACUCGUCUCCGUCAACUUCUUGACGUACCUUCUCCAGUUGAUCUCCCUCAUGUUCGUUGGCCAUCUCGGGGAGUUACCCCUCGCCGGCGCUUCCAUGGCCACUUCUUUCACGUCCGUCACCGCCUGGUCCCUUUUGAGAGGACUGGGAGGUGGGUUGGAGACACUAUGCGGACAAUCGUACGGAGCCGGGGAGUACCACGCGCUCGGGACCCACCUACAACGAGCCACGAUCGUCCUGCUCCUCGCCGCCAUCCCGCUCUCCUUCGUUUCGGCUCACGCCGAAACGAUCCUCCUGUGCCUCAGCCAGGACCCGGAGAUCUCGGCCGAGGCGGGGAGGUACGCGCGGUUCGAGAUCGCGAGCGUAUUGGGGCUCGCGAUCCUCGAGCCGCACUACAGGUUCCUGCAGUCGCAGAACAACGUGGUCCCGUACACGGUCGCGACGUGGGCCACCGCGCUCUUCCACGUGCCGCUCUGCUGGGCCCUGGUUUACUGGGCCGGGCUCGGGAGUCGGGGUGCCGCUUUGGCGAAUGGGAUCUCGUGCUGGAUCAGCGCCGUGGCGAUGUUUGUGUACGUUAGGGUUUCUCCGACUUGCAAACGGACUUGGACCGGUUGGUCUAUAGAGGCGUUGCGUGGGAUUCCGGGGUUCGUUAGGCUGGCCGUUCCUUCUGCAAUCAUGGUCAGCUAGAAGCAUGUAGCUUGGAGGAAUGGUCGUACGAGAUGGUGGUGCUAUUGGGAGGCUUGCUUCCAAAUCCAAAGCUCGAAACGUCUGUCUUGUCCAUAAGGUUUGCUAAAUAUGCAUAUUUUCAGCUAGUGUUUAAUUUCUAUUAUACUAGCUUUUUACCCGGCCUGAUGGCCGGUGAGUUUAAUUUUACCAUUUACAUUAAUCAAUUUAUCUAUAUAUUUAAACUAUUUUGGAUCUUCUAAAAUUUUUACAUUUGCAUUCUUUGGUGAGUAUGCGAUGCGUCUAUAAAUUAAAAAUUCUCAAUACUUAACACAUUCACUUAUAAUGCUUCGAUUCACUGAUCAUAAAUCAUGUCACAAAGAUAUAUCACGUCCCAUAUAGAAUCUUAUGUCAAGAUUUGUCAAUAACGAUAAUCAAAUUUUUUUUUGCUUAUACAAUAUAUGUCAUUCAAUGAAUGUCGAGUUUGGAGGAACUCUCAACCAAUGAUGUUGCUCAGAUGACGACAACUUAAUAUGUACCAAGACUCUCAAUAUUACAUGGAUUUGGUCAUCCCAAUUGAAAUUUUACUGUCUUAGUGUAAGAUCAUAUUUGUCUAUCAAGACACUCAAUUUAAUAUCUUAUACAAUAUGUACCAAUUGUUAAUUCCUGAAGUUUAAUAUAAACUCGCCCUCAACUCAUGGUCGUUGUUUAAAUGUUGGUUUAGAAUCUCGGUCCAAGAUACUCACACACUGUCGAGGGUUCUAAUCUUAACAUGGUCCAUUGUUGUAUAAUUUUCUAACUUAUCAAAUAUGCAUUUGCUAAAAUUUAUUUAUCUUUGGUGUUUGUUUUGAGAUAAAAAAAAUCCACUACUUAUACUAAUAUCUUCAUUUUGUUGGUGUAAUGCCACAUCUAUUGUCAAUAUCUAAGCAUGAUCUUAUACUCUAAGUAAGAAAAUGCUAUCUGGACCACGAAUUAACCGGAUUUGUGGGCAUGAUACUAUAUACCCUAACCCUUGAUGAGUGAACCCUAGGUCUUAGUUAUCUUAAUCAUAGAGCUUCACCCCUAAGAUUGUGCAUGUAAUUUGUUGCAUAGAUUUUAACGAAUCAUGACCAUUGGUUUUUGUUUAUAAUUAAACUCUUUAUAUAUAGAGAGAGUUUAAUGUAUUUUUAAGUGUAAUUAACACCUUUGUUUGACCGAAAUAUGUAAACUGUUAAGAAAAAUAAGGGAAAGUAUGAACAAAUGUAAGAGAAAAUAAGGUAUGGAAGCAUGCAUUAUAAGAGAGAAGAAACAUUAUCUUUCUUUUAUCGUCUUCAUUUGUACAAUUAGGUACUAUAUUAUGACUUCAUCAAGUUUCUAUCAAAAUGAAAAAACAACUUUUGAAGCAUUUUGCUAUUUAAUACUUGUUUUCAUUGAUAGAUACAAACAUUAGAAAAAGAUAGCGUUUGAUAACCAAAACAUAAAAUUAUAUAGUUGGUUUUUAAAAUUUAAUUGAUUAUUAAAUGUUGAUUAUCUAAACUUCCUUCAUUAUAUUUUUUAAAUUAUUUUAUUACUUAUCUGUAUGUUUAAUUUAUUUUUUAUCGAAAUAUAACAUAUAUUAAGUUCUAAUAAAAAGAAAUAGAAAAAUUAAUUGAUAAGAUUUAAUCAAAUAUAUUUUUUGAAGCAUUACAAUAUAUGUCACUCUCCAAACAUAAGUAUACUACUACUACACAUAUAUAUUGGAAAAUACAAUUAUUGAAUAAAAAAAGAAAACAUUAAAAGAAGAUAGAGAUAGCUACAUAAAUGAUUAUUAAAAUAAAAAGAAAAUAUUAAAAAAAGAUAGAUAGCUCUACAUUAAUUGAUCAUUAACUAACUUUUUUGUUUGUAAAAAAAUUGUCCACCAUGGCACCUUGUAAAUUCUCCAAAUGCUUAUGUGGCAACAAACUACUUUUGAAUUGCUAUAAUAUUAUGUAUAGAUAGAUAGUACUAUUCCUAUUCUUAGAAGAGAGAGAGAGCAAAAAUAGAAAAUAACUAGUAGAGGAAAUU